AUGGAGAGGUUUGUGAUUUUUGCCAUCGUGGUAGCUACCGCCUAUGGAUGCGGUCUGCCCACCUUCGCCCCUGUGGUGACCAGGGUGGUUGCAGGAGAGGAUGCCAGGCCUCACAGCUGGCCCUGGCAGAUCUCUCUCCAGUCGGACAGCAGUGGGCGCUGGAGGCACGUCUGUGGGGGCUCCCUCAUCUCUCCUGACUGGGUCCUCACUGCUGCCCACUGCAUGAAUAAGCACUACAGGUACAGAGUGGAACUGGGCAAGCAUAACCUUAAAACAGCUGAGGAGGGCUCCCUCAGGCUGAGGGCAGCCAAAAUCAUCCCCCACGAGGACUACAACACCAUGCUGAGCCGCAACGACAUUGCCUUGAUCAAGCUUUCCUCUCCUGUCACCUUCUCUGACACCAUCAUGCCUGCAUGCUUGCCCGAUUCUGGCUUCAUCCUGCCCCAUGGUGCCCCCUGCUACGUCACUGGCUGGGGACGACUCUCCACGAGCGGUCCCAUGUCUGUCAUCCUGCAGCAGGCUCUGCUGCCCGUGGUGGACCAUGACACCUGUUCACAGGAAGACUGGUGGAGCCUCCUGGCCACUGACAAGAUGGUCUGCGCAGGAGGAGAUGGCAUUAAAGCAGGCUGUAAUGGAGACUCUGGUGGACCACUGAACUGCCAGAACCCAGAUGGCUCCUGGGACGUCCAUGGUGUGGUGAGCUUCGGCUCCGGUCAGAGCUGCAACGUCCUCCAAAAGCCAACAGUCUUGACACAAGUCAGUUCGUAUAUUGGCUGGAUCAACAGGAUGGUGACCACCAACUGAGGAAACUGUUCUACGAUAAACUAACAAUAAAAAGGUUUUUA